GGGGGGGCCUUUGGGUCUGCGGGCGGAGGCCGCGCCCCUGCCGGAACCGCCGGCGGCGUCGGGGGCGAUCGUCGCGCCGGCGCCGCCGGCUUCGGCCGCGUGUUCGCCGUGUUCGGUGGCGGCGGUUUAUUAGGUUUUUUGGGGGCGGCGAUAGCUCGGAGGCAGGGGCCGGUGGCGUGCCGUCUGUUAAUGUUGAUCUGGGGUGGGGAGGGUGUCGUUCGUUUUUUUUCUUUUUGCGCUAUGGCGGGGUGUCUGUUCUGGUGUUUGGAGCGCUUGGGAAAGGGUGUUGGUUGUGUGGGGUUGGUGCGCGUUGGCACAUCUGGCGGUUUUGGAUCUGGCUGGGUGCGGGUGGGUUGGUGA